CAACAUCAUUACACUGAGGCAAGAACAUAGAGCUGAAAGAAACAGAGACACACUGUGGUAUAAGAGUCUACCGGUUGAAGCAACGUCAAGGCCGCUAUUUCAUUGACAAAACUGAGAUCUGAGUUGAAACAAGCUAAGAUGAAGCUGUUGUGGGUUGUAAUGCUGGUGGCCGGCACUGUGUUUGCCGAGGAUGAUGACAAAAAGGACAGUGUGGGGACUGUGGUUGGAAUCGACCUGGGGACCACCUACUCAUGUGUUGGAGUGUUCAAGAAUGGGCGUGUAGAGAUCAUCGCCAAUGACCAGGGUAACCGCAUCACCCCAUCAUAUGUGGCCUUCACCAGUGAGGGUGAACGUCUGAUUGGUGAUGCUGCGAAAAACCAGCUGACCUCUAACCCUGAGAACACUGUCUUUGACGCCAAGAGAUUGAUCGGGCGCACUUGGGGUGACUCCUCUGUGCAGCAGGACAUCAAGUACCUCCCUUUCAAGGUUACUGAGAAGAAGAGCAAGCCUCAUAUUCAGGUUGACAUUGGUGGUGGCCAGAUGAAGACAUUUGCUCCAGAGGAGAUCUCUGCCAUGGUGCUGACUAAGAUGAAGGAGACUGCUGAGGCUUAUCUGGGCAAGAAGGUCACACAUGCUGUGGUCACUGUCCCUGCCUACUUCAAUGAUGCCCAGCGCCAGGCCACUAAGGAUGCUGGAACCAUUGCUGGUCUUAAUGUGAUGAGAAUCAUCAAUGAGCCAACUGCUGCUGCCAUUGCUUACGGUCUGGACAAGAAGGACGGCGAGAAGAACAUUCUGGUGUUCGAUCUGGGUGGUGGCACCUUUGAUGUCUCCCUUCUGACCAUCGACAAUGGCGUGUUUGAAGUGGUGGCCACCAAUGGUGACACUCAUCUUGGAGGUGAAGACUUCGACCAGCGUGUCAUGGAGCACUUCAUCAAGCUGUACAAGAAGAAGACUGGCAAAGAUGUGCGCAAAGACAACCGUGCUGUGCAGAAGUUGCGUCGCGAGGUCGAGAAGGCAAAGAGGGCACUGUCUGCUCAGCACCAGGCCCGCAUUGAGAUCGAGUCCUUCUUUGAGGGAGAAGACUUCUCUGAGACCCUGACCCGUGCCAAGUUUGAAGAGCUGAACAUGGACCUGUUCCGUUCCACCAUGAAGCCCGUACAGAAGGUUCUGGAAGACUCUGACCUAAAGAAGUCUGACAUCGAUGAGAUUGUCCUGGUUGGAGGCUCCACUCGUAUCCCCAAAAUUCAGCAGCUGGUGAAGGAAUUCUUCAAUGGCAAGGAGCCCUCUAGGGGCAUCAACCCAGAUGAGGCUGUGGCUUAUGGGGCUGCUGUUCAGGCUGGAGUGCUUUCUGGAGAGGAGGACACUGGUGAUGUGGUUCUUCUGGAUGUGUGCCCCCUGACUCUUGGUAUCGAGACAGUCGGAGGAGUAAUGACCAAGCUGAUCCCCAGGAACACUGUGGUGCCCACAAAGAAAUCCCAGAUCUUCUCUACAGCGUCUGACAACCAGCCUACUGUCACCAUCAAGGUUUAUGAAGGUGAGCGUCCUCUGACAAAAGACAACCACCUGCUGGGCACAUUCGACCUGACUGGCAUCCCUCCUGCCCCUCGUGGCGUACCACAGAUUGAAGUCACCUUCGAGAUCGAUGUCAACGGUAUCCUGCGCGUCACAGCUGAGGACAAAGGCACAGGCAACAAGAACAAGAUCACAAUCACAAAUGACCAGAACCGCCUGACGCCAGAGGACAUUGAGCGCAUGGUGAACGACGCUGAGCGCUUUGCUGACGAAGACAAGAAGCUGAAGGAGAGGAUUGACGCUCGCAAUGAGCUGGAGAGCUACGCCUACUCUCUGAAGAACCAGAUCGGCGACAAGGAGAAGCUUGGCGGCAAGCUGUCUGAUGAGGACAAGGAAACCAUCGAGAAGGCAGUGGAGGAGAAGAUUGAGUGGAUGGAGUCACAUCAGGAAGCUGAGCUGGAAGACUUCCAGGCCAAGAAGAAGGAGCUGGAGGAGGUGGUUCAACCCAUUAUCAGCAAGCUUUAUGGUAGUGCGGGUGGACCUCCACCUGAGGGAGCAGAAAGUGAGCCAAAUGAGAAGGAGGAGUUGUAGGCAGGUUCGAAG